CUGCCGCCACACGGCUGCGCGGACGUCACACAUUUUUCUCUUUCCUCACCUUCUCCURUCCGUCUCUUUCCCUCUCCCCCUCUCUCCUGUCUUCUUGUUCCAGCAGAGCAUCUCUCUCCUGCUGCUUUCCCUCCUCCUCCACCGCCCACUUCUUCCCAACCAUUGAGCCGACCACUCACCGCCGGCUCCUCGCCUCAUCGCUGCGCGCUUUGCUGCCUCUUUUUUUCCUUCCUCCCCUCCUUUUUUUCUUUUCUUUUUUUUUAAUUUGAAGGGCGGAGAACCGGCACUUUUUUUUCCUUAUCGGGACCAAAUCACCCUGAACACCAUGGCGAGCACCGAGGAUAAAGCUGCCAGCAAGGAGAACACGUCCAGCUGGAAGGACUCCAUCUACAACCCGAGGACCGGGGAGCUGCUGGGUCGGACGGCCAGCAGCUGGGCCCUCAUCCUGCUCUUCUACUUGGUGUUCUACUGUUUCCUGGCUGGUAUGUUCGCCCUGACCAUGUGGGUCAUGCUGCUCACUCUGGAUGACUACGUGCCGAGGUACAGAGACCGUAUCCCCAAUCCAGGACUGGUGAUUCGUCCAGAUUCAUUGGAUAUCUCCUUCAACAAAUCUGAUCCUCUAAAGUACGCUCAGUAUGUAAAACACCUGGAGUCCUUCCUUAAAUCUUAUGAUGACAUACACCAGGAGAAGAAUGAAAACUGCGUUCCUGGAAGUCACUACUUGCAGGACGAUGAUGAGGAAAUGACAAAGAAGGUUUGUCGUUUCAAGAGAUCAUCCCUGAGUCGCUGCUCCGGCCUCUCUGACACCAACUUUGGAUACCAUGAAGGGAAACCCUGCAUUCUGCUGAAAAUGAACAGGAUCAUUGGCCUGAAACCAUCUGGAGACCCUUACAUCAACUGCACCAUCAAAAAAGAAAAUCCUAUCCAGAUGCACUAUUUCCCCUAUGAGGGGCGCGUUGAUAAGAUGUAUUUUCCCUACUAUGGCAAGAAAGCCCAUGAGAACUACGUGCAGCCCCUGGUAGCUGUGAAGCUGAUGCUCACCAAGGAGGACUACAACAAGGAGCUGACGGUGGAGUGCCGGGUGGAGGGCUCCAACCUGCGCAACAACGACGAGAGGGACAAGUUUCUGGGCCGUGUCACCUUCAGGAUCAAGGUUGUGGAGUAAAGAGGGAAGAUAGCCUGUGGAACCAGAUAAGGUCGCCCGCGUUGGCUGGGGAUUUGUGUUUAAAAUAAAAAACAACAAAAAACAAAAGAAUAAUAAUAAUAGGAAAAAUGAAGGAAGCGUCAAAUACGUCACAAAGGCGUCGGUUUUCUGGAUGCGGCUGCUCAGUGUCUCACAGAUGAGUUAGGCUUCAGAUAAUUGAGCUCAGAUGUUGCUUUGAUGACCUUUCUGACCCUUCUUUCUGCCACGAUUCUUCGCUGACAUCCCCAGAACCAAACACAGGCUCUGGUUCUGACCCGACCCAUCCAUCUAUCCCUGCAUCCACCUGCUGCACUCUCUAUCCUUUAUCCAUUUUAGUUCCUUUUCUUUUCUUUUCUUUUCUUUUCUUUUCUUUUCUUUUCUUUUCUAGCGUAGAUGUGAUUUGAUGACUUAUGGCCAUUGCAGCUGAGCUCUGUGGAGCUGUUGUGUAACUGCUGAUACUUUUUAUUAUUAUAUUAUUAUUAUUAUUAAACCUCCCUGCUGUUAGAAUGAGCGUGUCCUUUUCGUCUCUCAAACCGUUUGAGGGACAGUAAUAUUAUUACGAGGAUUUCUAUCUUGCUGUAUAGUUGAGCUGAAAAAAGAGUAGAGUAUUUAUCUUCAGAAUAUUUCCAUCUCAGCACACAUCACAACGAUUUCAAGACGUACCUUGAUAAUCAAGUAUAGCCUAUGUAUCCCUGUAUAUGAAACGCCAACUACGAACUCCCUUUCAGCUAUAAAUACCUUGUGAUCCUUACCAUAUUUAGGGAAAUUUAGAUAGAUCUUUAUGUUGUGGCCCACGAAGCUGCAACCCAGURUUGUGCCGUGCGUCUCUCUGUUCGUCUGUCUGCAUGUUGCGUCUGUCUGUCUGCCUGUCUUCCUGUUUUACUCCCCUCUGCUGAGACGCGUGGGUGAGCCCUCCAGGCCUGAGACGAGCCACCUCGCUCGGCGGUGGCUGAGGCGGCAGGUGGAGAAGCGUUGCAAAAAUAAAAAGCAUUCACUGUAACUAUGUACUGUAUAUCUCUAUGUGAUCUGUAUAUCUAUCUGGGUCUCAAAGAUUGUUAGUUUACUCUCUUCUUCAGCCUGUUUAUCUGAUUGUCUGCCAAUCUAUUACUCUUCAGUGUAUAUAUCUAUAUAUAAACAUACACACGUACAAACUCGCGCGCYCACACACACACACACACCAUCAUAAUAAUAACUUAAUUCACAUUGUAUUUUUGUCACAAAACACAAUGUCUGUGCAUUGUAAAGAAAUAUAAUUUAAGCAAAGAUUUACAGAAGAGGAUCUUAUUCAAAGCUAUGUUUACACAGUCUUAAAAGGAACCCACAGUUAAAACCUGUAACAUCUCUUCAGGGUGCCUUAAGACCUGAUGAAAUAAAAUGUGGAAUAAAAGUGGUUUUGAAGAAAA